GCCCUCUGUCUUCCGAGGUCCCUCCCAGAAGCCCCGUGUGUCUGUGUUCCUCCAGGUGACCAUGGCGGACCGGGCGGCUGCUGAGAGGGCUUGCAAAGACCCCAACCCCAUCAUCGACGGCCGCAAGGCCAACGUGAACCUGGCCUAUCUGGGCGCCAAGCCUCGCAGCCUGCAGACGGGCUUCACCUUGGGCGUGCAGCAGCUCCACCCCACCCUGAUCCAGCGGACUUACGGGCUGACUCCUCACUACAUCUACCCGCCGGCCAUCGUCCAGCCCAGCGUGGUGAUCCCGGCCACCCCUGUCCCGUCACUGUCCUCGCCCUACAUUGAGUACGCGCCCGCCAGCCCGGCCUACGCCCAGUACCCGCCCGCCACCUACGACCAGUACCCGUACGCCGCCUCCCCCGCCACGGCCGCCGGCUUCUUUGGCUACAGCUACCCCGCCGAGCCCCCCGCGGGCACCCCCUUCGUGCAGUCCCAGGCGCCGCAGCCGCAGCCCGACAGGAUGCAGUGAGGGCCUCCCGUCCGGGGCCGCCGGCCCCCACGCGGACAGACCCAGGCCGGCCUGGCGAGCUCCGAGGGCAACCAGCAUCUGUGCCUCUGCAGACCUGGGGCGCCCGUCCGCACCCCAGGGCGACCCGAGACUGCUUCCCUCCGCAUCUGGGUCCCGUCGCGAGUCGGGGGACUUUACAAAGAAAGACCGAUGGAAGCUGUUCAGAGGUGCGGCCCCUGCUCCCCGGCAUGGCGGCCUCUCCCUGCACCCUCCUCCACCUGUGCUCCGGAAGCCCAGCCUGGCCCACCCAGUCCGGCCAUCACAUGCCCUCUGGAGACCCCCGCUGCCGCGUGGGUGGCGCAGAGAUGCUUCGGCCUGGGGAGAGGAGCGUGGCUGUUGGGACUCAGCCACACAAGCUGUGAACGCCCUGGGCGCGAGGGGCGCCUGACCGACUCGCGCCCUGUGAAUGUCCCCCGCCACCCGCAGAAGCUCCAGGGGCGGGGUGGGGCCUGUGCCCCCGCGGUCCGAGCACUGCAGCCUUUUCUUCGGGCCGUUGUUUUGCUACUAAGGUGAUUUCAGAGUUCCGGUCUAUUUUCCCAGUGGAGACUGCCACCACCAAACCUGUUUUUGACUUUGAGAGACCUGCUUUUGUUGAUGGUUCUGCCCACGGAGGUGACGACAGUAUUUCUGUGUAGUGAGGUGUCUGCCAGCCGCAGGCCAGGAGCCCCUCGAGGUGCACGUCAGCAGAUGGGGCCCUCGGGGCUGCCUGGGUGACCGUCUGAUGACGCCUGCCCGGUGGACGCAGCGAGUUGUCUCAGGGUCUGUCACUGCAACACUGUGAUCCUUGUCCCCUUCCCGCCAGCCCCGCUCCCCACCGCUGUGGAGGGCAGGAGGGUGGGCUGCAGCCUGGGUGCUGCUCGGGCCCUGGGGGAGGUCGGGCACAGGGCCACCGUGUGCCCCAGCCUCCCACUCCUGUCGCUGCCUGCUGUAGACCAGCCUUCCUGGGGGCUCACGCAGGGAAGAGACGGGGCCUCCCGGCAGGGGUCCGGGCGGCGGGGGUGUUCCUUCAGACCUACCUCAGGGAGCUGAGCGUGCAAGCACUCCGUGGCACGCCUGGUACAGAGUCAAGGCCCAGAAAAUAAAGGUAGCUAAUAUUAUAAUAAUAUUUUUAUUAGAAUGUUCUGAUUAUAAAAAUAAAACUUGUUUUCUUUAAGGAA